CGAAGCAGACGGCCCCUCACACAGCAGCCACAGCUUCACAACAUUUCGCUCAGGGAAUAAAUAUCUACUCAAACAGACGCGGCUGUGUCUUCAUCCAGGAAUUAUUCAUCUCCGACCGUGGACGCAUGAGAGAGCGCACAGCUUGCCGGAGCUGGGACGGUUCACCAUGGUUCUGACACAAGUGCGGCUGCUCCUCUGACCGCAGAAAGAAAAAAAAACUCUUUGGAUCUCAUCGAGAAGGCUGUAAUUUAUUUUUUCCCUCGUUGACUCCCAUCGAAAAAUAUUGCUGGGAAUAUUCUCCUGGAUGGUGACCACCCCGGACUGGACUACCUGUUUACAGCCGAUUCGCUCCAUGCGAGGGGAAGGGACUGGAGGACUUGCGCCUGCUGCCUUCUCCCUGGUUUAAUAACGCACGCUUGGAGAUCACUGAAAGGGGCGGAAAGCCUGUUUGUAUCCACGCAUUUUCCACCACGGUGGUUAUUUUUCCUCUCUGAACUCUCCCCUCAACGUGAGUGUUGGUGAAUGGGGAUAACUCUGGUGCUGGAGGCUUGACGCAGCUGGGACAGGGACGGGACUGGGUGCGUGGAGCGUCGGAUCACCCAGGAUUGUACUCCUGCCCUCACUCUCUGCCGUGGGUCUAUUUACAUGUCCGACCUGACUGCUUUAUGACAAUGGAUUACUUUCUGCUUUUAUGCAGCCUCUUGCUGCCCAUGGUGUCCGCCGUUGAAGAGACGCUGAUGGACACAAAGUGGGCUACGACAGAAUUAGCCUGGACCGCACACCCUGAGACUGGGUGGGAAGAAGUAAGUGGCUAUGAUGAUGCCAUGAACCCGAUCAGGACAUAUCAGGUCUGCAAUGUACGUGAGCUCAACCAGAAUAACUGGCUACGCAGUGACUUCAUCCCACGAAAGGAUGUGCUGCGUGUAUAUGUAGAGAUGAAAUUCACUGUGCGUGAUUGCAACAGCAUUCCCAACAUCCCUGGCUCCUGCAAAGAGACCUUCAACCUCUUCUACUAUGAGUCUGACUCAGACUCAGCUACAGCCACCAGCCCUUUCUGGAUGGAGAACCCUUAUGUGAAGGUGGACACUAUUGCCCCAGACGAGAGCUUCUCGAUGCUCGAGUCAGGACGGGUAAACACAAAAGUCCGAAGUUUUGGGCCUCUGUCCAAAGCCGGGUUCUACUUGGCGUUCCAGGACCUUGGUGCUUGCAUGUCACUCAUCUCAGUGAGGGUGUUUUAUAAGAAGUGCUCCACCACAAUUGCCAACUUUGCCGUCUUCCCAGAGACAGCAACUGGGGCUGAGGCAACGUCCUUGGUCAUUGCACCAGGAACUUGUGUCCCCAACGCUCUUGAGGUGUCCGUGCCACUGAAGCUGUAUUGCAACGGAGAUGGGGAGUGGAUGGUUCCUGUCGGAGCCUGCACCUGUUCAUCUGGUUUUGAACCAGCAAUAAAGGAAACCCAAUGUCAAGCUUGCAGCCCUGGCACCUUCAAGUCCAAACAGGGAGAUGGCUUCUGUUUGCCCUGUCCUGCCCACAGUGUCGCCAGCUCAGGAGCAGCAAGCAUUUGCUCCUGUCGAAACGGUUACUACCGAUCAGACACCGAUUCUCCCGACUCCCCCUGCACCACUGUUCCCUCGGCACCACGCAGCGUCAUCUCCAUUGUGAACGAAACUUCGCUUGUGCUGGAGUGGAGUGAACCACGUGACAUGGGCGACCGGGACGACAUCUUCUACAAUGUCAUCUGCAAGAAAUGUCUGCCUGAGCGGGGGAUGUGCUCGCGGUGCGACGACAACGUGGAUAUCUCGCCGCGCCACCUGGGCCUGACCCAACGCCGCGUGGCUGUCCGUAACCUGCAAGCGCACACGCAGUACAGCUUCGAGAUCCAGGCGGUCAAUGGAGUCUCCAACAAGAGCCCUUACACACCUCAUUUCUCCGCAGUGAAUAUCACCACAAAUCAGGCCGCUCCGUCCGCAGUGCCCACAGUCCACCUGAUGGCGGCCACAGCGAGCACCAUGAGCCUGUCCUGGCUGCCUCCAGACAAGCCUAAUGGAAUCAUUCUGGAUUAUGAGAUUAAGUACCAUGAGAAGGUAAGCAGCAAUGAUCAGGGUGAGGCCAUCGCCCAUACCAUGACUGCCCAGCGGAGCAACGCGCGCAUCGAAGGCCUCAAGGCUGGUACGCCUUAUGUAGUACAGGUCCGGGCCCGAACAGUAGCUGGUUACGGCCGCUACAGCAGUCCAGCCGACUUCAGCACCAACCUGCAAACCGACCCUCCAAAGUCAUGGCAAGAGCAGGUGCCACUCAUCGUGGGAUCAGCCACCACUACCUUUGUCUUCAUCAUUGCAGUUGUGGUCAUCGCAAUCGUCUGCCUCAGAAAGCAGAGGAAUGGCUCAGAGUCGGAGUACACAGAGAAACUGCAGCAGUACAAAUCCCCUAUAGUAACGCCGGGAAUGAAGGUCUACAUUGACCCCUUCACCUACGAGGACCCCAACGAAGCAGUGCGCGAGUUUGCCAAGGAGAUAGACGUGUCCUGCGUGAAGAUCGAGGAGGUCAUCGGCGCAGGUAACCCACCCAAGCUCCUGAGCUACAGGGGGAAGACUGCUAGUCACCUCCAGGCCAUACCGUUAGAGGACUUCACACCAAGCGGAGAGUUUGGAGAGGUGUGCCGUGGACGCCUCAAGCUGCCCGGGCGCCGGGAGAUCAUCGUAGCCAUCAAGACGCUGAAAGUGGGCUACACUGACCGCCAGAGGCGAGACUUCCUGUCCGAAGCUUCCAUCAUGGGCCAGUUCGACCACCCCAACAUCAUCCGACUGGAAGGUGUAGUCACCAAGAGCAGGCCAGUGAUGAUCGUGACCGAGUUCAUGGAGAAUGGGGCACUGGACUCAUUCCUGAGGCUCAAUGACGGGCAGUUUACAGUGAUCCAGCUGGUUGGCAUGCUGCGUGGCAUCGCAGCGGGCAUGAAAUACCUGUCGGACAUGAACUACGUGCACAGAGACUUGGCCGCCCGCAACAUCUUGGUCAACAGUAAUCUGGUGUGUAAGGUUUCUGACUUUGGCCUGUCUCGCUUCCUGGAGGACGACCCCACAGAUCCCACCUACACCAGCUCACUGGGUGGGAAGAUCCCCAUUCGCUGGACGGCUCCGGAGGCCAUCGCCUACAGGAAGUUCACCUCGGCCAGUGACGUCUGGAGCUACGGUAUCGUCAUGUGGGAAGUGAUGUCGUACGGCGAGCGGCCGUACUGGGACAUGAGCAAUCAAGAUGUGAUAAAUGCCGUCGAGCAGGACUAUCGACUGCCCCCACCCAUGGACUGCCCCACAGCGCUGCACCAGCUCAUGUUGGACUGCUGGGUGAAAGAGAGGAACCUGCGACCCAAAUUCACCCAGAUUGUAGCCACGCUGGAUAAGCUUAUCCGCAAUGCUGCCAGCCUCAAGGUGGUCACGAACAGCACACAGUCCACUGGGGUGUCCCAGCCCUUGCUUGACCGCUGUGUCCCAGACUAUACCACUUUCACCACUGUGGGGGACUGGCUGGACGCCAUCAAGAUGAGCCGCUACCGUGACAACUUCGUCAAUGCCGGAUUCGCUUCCUUUGACCUGGUGGCCCAGAUGACGGCAGAGGACCUGCUGCGGAUAGGGGUGACGCUGGCCGGCCAUCAAAAGAAGAUUCUUGGGAGCAUUCAGGACAUGAGACUACAGAUGAACCAAACACUUCCUGUCCAGGUGUGAGCGUCGGGACACACGGACACGUUGCAGUCGGAAGGACAGCCAGACAGGACAAAAAGGGGGAGGAACUGUGGCAGAGAGAGCCAUUGGAAAACCCUAGCUGCCUGACCCACCUCUGCCAAUUAGACGCAAUGAAACUGGCUUGCGGUGCCUCUGAAUCUUUUUUUUUUUUCUUAAUUUCAUCACCACUUCCAUUCCCUCUUCCUGCUUUUUUUGUUAUUUGUCAUUGUUCCUUUUUCCAUCCAAUCAUAGUUUGUGUGUUUUUGAAGGAGGAGUUAAGCUCCUUAUAUCCCAUGCGUGCCUCACCGGCUCUGGUGUGGGGUGACGUUUGCAUGCAUGUGUGUUUUAGUGAAGUUGGCCUUAGCCCCCGUAACUGAAACUUCACACUCUAAACUUCCUGCAAGAGCCCCCCUGCCCUCUGACCCCCUCAACCCAGCUCUGAUGGACGUAUUAUAUAUUAAAGAAAGAACACCCUUCUAUAAAAAAAAAUAAGUGAGCCAACGUUCACAUGAUAAACAAAAACAGGACGUGUUUCGACCCACAGCAGAUAGCGGACAAUUCUUUCCCUGAUAGAAGUCGUUUUUACUGUGCACGUGUGUCGUUCUCCAUCUUCAUAUUGAAGGUGCGUUAUCUAAAAGGGCACUUGCUGAAGAAGGGUGAGGUGGCAGAGGAGGAAAAAUGAUGGGCUGAGGUCAAAGCUCAAGAGGACGACAGAGGUCGAGAAUGUGCAGCCACAUUUUUGGGACACUUGUGUUGAAUCUUCAGUUUGACCUGAAGUGACUCAGGAUAGCUCGCAGCAGCUUGGGAUCACUCGCUCAUCCAGUGUGUUUUUACACAUGCAAAUGUUUUUACUUUCGUUUGUCCACAAUUCAUUGUUUUUCUCGCCUUCUCCCUUUUUUUUUUGUUUUGACUCUUACACAUUUUUAGGGAGAUUUGUGGUUUUAAAAUGGCCGGCCAAUCCUAAGUCCCCCCCACUGGACUAUGUGAUAAAGGGGGACAUUGACUGUGGCGCUAUAGAAAGACCACUUGGCCUUCUGUGUGCAUUUUUGUACGUGUGCGUGUGCAUGUGUGCGUGGAUGCGUGAUCAGGUGUGCAUGGAUGUGUGGAUGUGUCGAGUUGCACACAAAUAUACUGUACAGUAUGGCUUCCGCUAUUUGCCACCGUGGAGAAUUAAAGCAUGAACUGAACCAUGACAAGGAGCAAAUAUAUCUGAAACAAUUACGCUAUAGUCUGUGGACAACUGUUAAACUUUCUUUUUUAUUGAAUCCAAAACAAUGAACUUUGGACAUACACACACGCAUAUAUAUAAAAAUUAUAUAUAUAUGCAGAUACAUCAUGCAGAAACUGAGAGAAACCAUGACAGACACCUUACUUUCUACUUACUAUUAUCUGGAUUUUAAGAUAAUCAAACUUGUUUUCAUUUCUUGACAUCCUGCCCUAUGUAUUUAUUUGUACCUCGCCCGCCAAACCCCCCCAGCACCCUCUCUCCGAUCAGAUGGUCCGUUCGGCCUCUGGGACUGUGGACUGAACAAUCAGAAGGAAGAAAAAACUCCAAGAGGAUUCACCUGAUGAAUAGAUGAUUAUUAAACAAAAAAGAAGUUGCAUAUAAAUUGGAUAUUGUAUUUUUGUUGUUGUUCUAAACAGCCUGUACAUGUUUUGUAACAAAAAUACGAUAAAUAACAAAAGAAAAAAAUGGUGUUUUGACAAAAUCGAAGUCGUUGUGAAAUGAUUCAGGAGUUGAAAAAAAACUGAAAGAAGAUAAGUAGGUGAAAGUCAGGGCUGAGACGAACCCAUGGUAACAUGUCAUCCUGUGAAGUUUGUGUGAUUGUGUGUGCCACCACAACUGGAUAUUGAGCUUCCCCUGUUCAUUCUCAUUCUUGACAUAAAGAGUGUUUGGGAAUCCCAGAGCUACUAAUUGUCUUCCAGGCAACAUUUUUUUAAUUCCAACAUCCUAUAACCUACUCAGACGUGGUUUACCUGUGCUUUGAUUUCACUUAUUUACCAUAACCUCAGAGGGAUUCUCACUACACAUGUGUACACGUGUGUAGGACUGUUAUUAAAGAGUUGUUCGGGGGCAGGGGAGACACAGAGAUGUUGCAGCCCACCUGUCAAUCAUUGCAAUCGUCCCAGACACGGAGCUCCAUCACAGGACCUGCAGUUUCGCCUCGCUGCAACACAAUCCUCAUCAGAGAAUCCAGAGCUGUCAGAAAAGAGACCUAUUGGUCUUUGUCUGUCAGGUCGAUUAAUGUGGCAGCCAAUCUGGCACUGCGAGCGCACAAACAUACGGCGGGGCUGACCUAUCAUUAUCUCUCUUCAUUUCCUGUCUGGCCUGCAAUCAUCCUGUCUCAAGCUGCUGCAUGAUUAGUACAGUGCAGGAUCAACAGCCUUGGCAUGCAGACAGCCGAAAAAUCUGCAGGCCCUCAUCUUAAAUGAUAGCAGCUGCAUCGUGGAGACCGUACUAUUUGUGCCUCUGACAGAGGGGUGUUUGAUGGUAGCGGAUUAAGGGAUGGGGCUGCGUCAUUGGCGCGAUCUUCCAGUCUCCACGUUGUUUGGGUUGGAGUUGAUCAAUGCAAUAUGUGACUAUUAUUAGUUAGGUGUGUAAUGAUAGCGUGAUGUUAGUGGCCGUGCAGUGUGUCUCGCCAUAUUACUUUAGUCAGCCACUUUUUAGACCCUUCACAAAGCCAUUGAGAAUAUUAUGCAAAACAGCAAUGUGUUCCCUAUUUUCUAUUGUUUCAUCUUAUCCCAUGUACAGAUGUUUUCACCACUCUGAGCUCACUCUUUAAAAGGCUCUCUAACCUGCAACAGUUGUAAAACAAAAUCAAGUCAUUUUCCCAGUUGCAUACUCGAAAUAAGUCUUGUUUUCAUCAAAGUGUCAUUUUCGGACAUGCAAGUUAUCAACAUCAUGAGAAUGUGUUGAAAAUGCUUGUACGAUGGGCACACGUGUCAUUUCUGAAGAAUUUUGUUUUUCUCUAAAGAAUUUAGAUUGAAAAGAGCGAUAGAACACACACACAUACACACGCACACACAAAGGACGAAGAAUUAAUGCAAUCAGAAGCUCCCUUUUACUCUCAGGAACAAACAAUAUGGAUCCCUUCUUUCUCCACUCAGCUCAAUCAUUUAAUCAGUUAAGUCCCACUGUGGCAACACACAAGACACAAUCGUUGACCAUAAAGUAAAGGUGUGUGUCCGUGUGUGUGCGUGUGGGGCGGCAUGUCGGAGCUAAACACAAUCAGAUGGCAGAUGUGCCCACUCUGAAAAAUGGCAGCGUUUUGGAAUCUGCGUGAACUAUUGAUGAGGUGCACAUGGUGCGCUGGGAUCUGGAGUCCUGUUCACCAAAGUCAACCAGCCGUGAGUGAUGAGCUGGCACUGUUGCACAUCUUAAAAUGAUAAAACUGCCACCACAUCAACUGCAAACAAUUAAUCAUAAAGUGGAUUCACACGUUCAGGGGAGGGUUUAAUAUUUAGCAUUCUCAGAGGAAAAGAACUCGCUCUCAUGUGUUUUUUCUUCCUUUUCAUUUUUUUGUUCAUCUUCCAGACUGGUGAAAUUAAGAUGGACUGUUAUGUUAGUGUGUGUGUGUGGAAUAAAAGGAUUGUCAUUUUAUACAGGAACAUUUUGAUCAGCAGAGUCUACGCCUUGUCAGAUGUGGUUAUCUCUUUGUGUGCCAAUAGGAUUCAGCCUUUCCCAGCAUUCCUUCCAUCUUUUCUUUCCCUAUUUUACAUCCUCCACUGAUCAUCAAAAAUCCCCCCGUCCUCCCCGACAAACCCUUUUUAUUAGCAACUUCCUUUCUUCAGUUGUCUGUUUUAAAUACAUAUACACACUGUCCUUUCUUUUUGUCUUAUAACAAACUCGCUGCGGUCUUGUCACUUUUGAAAAAUCCCUCCCAUACGUGGAAGCGAGAUGUUUCAGAGAGUACUGUACAUGUGUAGUGAAGUGGGAGGGGGGGAAUAAGGCGCCAAGAAAUGCAAUUGUUAGUUCCUCUUUGAAAAGCAUUGAGAUGUAUUUAAUGGUGCAGACAUACACAACAAAUUACUAAAAAUGAUGAUGCAUUCUUGUAGAAAUAUUUUUAAAAAGACCCUUUUUGCAAUUAAAUUAUUUAA